AUGGAGCAAUGGCAGGCGUACGGCGACCCUGCCAGUGCUGGCGGCCAGCGACGGUACAAUGGAAAUAACGUGAGCGUCGGCGUCAGCCAGAUGGCCCCGCGAGACUAUGGCACCAGCACCAGCAGCCAGCCCCCCGCGCAGCAGCCCCCGGCUGGCUUCAAGUACGACAACUACCAGGGCGGCCUCAACCCGCACCACACCGCAGCGUCGACGUCGUCGCCCAUGGGGAGCCCACUGAUGCGCGACGGAAGCGGCGACAUCCCGAUGCAGGACUCGCACGAUUCGUACGCCGGCCUCAAUCCCACCACCGGCACCUACCCGCUGCGGCCCCAUCAUCAACAUCAUCUCUCGGGCAGCCGAACCGCCAACCUCCAGCAGGAGCCCUCUGCCGCCGCCCAGCGAUACUCACCCAUGGAGGCCCUAUCGCCCACCUCGCCCUACAGCUCCAAGACGGCCGGCCACUUCUCGCAGCAGCCGCCCGCGCAACGGCAGUCGCCGACGCGGUCGUCGGACUACGCCACGCAGCAGAACUCAUACUACAGCAGCCGACAGACGGCCCCACAGCUGCCGCCCAUCAACCCUUACAGCUCCGGACAGGACACGUACUCGCCGUCGUCCGUGAGCGCCGUGGACGGCGCCUACAUGGACCCGAAGUCGCCCAAACGUGUCCCGCCCCAACCAACCGUGCAACCGACACACGACAAGGGGCCCGUGCCCGAGUUCAGGAGAAUCCGGGCGCCGACGGACUUGAAACCGAAGGUCAACGACCAGCCGCCCUUUCGGCGAGCCAAUCCUGAAGGUGGCUUCAUCAGCCCCCUCCAAGCGCUCACGGUGCAUCUCCCGGCGACUUACCGCAUUUGCAAUCCGAAUUUCAAAUACGAGUCGUCGCGUAACCCCCGCCGCGUCUUGACUAAACCCAGCAAGGGCGUGAAGAACGACGGGUAUGACAACGAGGAUAGCGAUUACAUUCUCUACGUCAACGACAUUCUGGGCUCCGAGGAGGCCGGGCACAAGAACCGGUAUCUAAUCCUCGACGUCCUCGGUCAAGGUACCUUCGGCCAAGUGGUGAAGUGCCAGAAUCUGAAAACGCAGGAGGUGGUAGCGGUCAAGGUGAUCAAGAACCGCACCGCAUAUUUCAACCAGAGUAUGAUGGAGGUGUCUGUUUUGGACUUGCUCAACACCAAGCUGGACAAGAAUGACGACCACCAUCUCCUACGGCUCAAGGACACCUUCAUCCACAGGCAACAUCUGUGCUUGGUUUUCGAGCUGCUCAGUGUGAACCUGUACGAGCUCAUCAAACAGAACCAGUUCCGCGGCCUCAGCACCACGCUUGUUCGCGUUUUUGCUCAACAGCUCCUCAAUGGUCUGGCGCUGCUGAACAAGGCGAGGCUGAUCCACUGCGAUCUGAAACCCGAGAACAUCCUGCUCAAGAACCUCGAGAGCCCCAUCAUCAAGAUCAUCGAUUUCGGGUCUGCGUGCGACGAACGGCAGACCGUCUACACGUACAUCCAGUCGAGGUUCUACCGGUCGCCCGAAGUAUUGCUCGGCCUGCCCUACUCCUCAGCCAUCGAUAUGUGGUCGCUGGGCUGCAUCGUGGUCGAGUUGUUUCUCGGUCUCCCCCUGUUUCCGGGAUCUUCCGAGUACAACCAGGUCUCGAGGAUCGUCGAGAUGCUCGGCAAUCCGCCAAAUUGGAUGAUUGAGAUGGGCAAGCAAGCUGGCGAGUUUUUCGAGAAGAGGCAGGAUGAGUACGGGAGGCGGACGUACCAUCUGAAGAGUAUCGAGCAGUACUCGCGAGAGCGCGGCGUGAAGGAACAGCCGAGCAAGAAGUACUUCCAGGCCAACACGUUACCGGAGAUCAUCAAGUCAUACCCCAUGCCCCGCAAGAACAUGAAGCAGGCCGAGAUUGAUAGAGAGAUGAACAAUCGCAUCGCGUUUAUCGACUUCGUCAGAGGUCUGCUGACUAUCAACCCUCUCGAGAGAUGGUCGCCGCAGCAGGCUAAGCUGCAUCCCUUCAUCACGCAGCAGAAGUACACGGGCCAGUUCGUGCCGCCGAUGAACCUCAGGUCGAGCGCGCUGAACCGGUCGCCGGCCCCGGGCACGCAACAGCAAUUACAGGCCGAAGCCAUGAGCAAGCAGAGGGCGCAAGCCGCACAGGCCCAGGCCCAGGCUAGCACAGCGGCCCAAGGGGCUUAUGGCCCCAUGGUCAGCGGACAAUAUGCGCAGCAGGGUCACCCGCAACAACCGCCGCUUUACGGGAACAACAACAUGUACUCGCCCGGUGGGGCGCAUACAGGACCGCCGCCUCCGUAUGGUGGCCAGCAGGGCGGAUACAGCCACAGCCAGAUGGGCAUGUCGCAGGGGCCCGUGCAGAUGCCGCCUGCCAACUACUCCCAGUCCGGCAUGUACGGGCAGCCAAACCGGUCCAGGCAGCGCGCCUCGACAAUGGAACAGCAGCAGAGCGGGAUCCCGGCAUCGAUCCAGAGGGUAGCCAGCCAUCUCGACCCGACCCAGCCUAUCCGGCUUCAGCCCAGCCCCGCCUACUUCCCGCCUCCCGCUGAGGCUUUUACGGGCAUGGACCACCAGACGCCAGGGAGAGCCGUGAGGAGAGGAAGCCGCGCGCAGCAGCCUGGCCGCAGCCGCGACUUUAUCCGCAACCUGGAGGAGCGGACACUAGAGGAAGGGUUCAUGGGCAGCGGCCAAAGCCCGUGGCAGUGAAACGUGGGAGUGGGCCCUUGCGAGCACCGCUAGUUGGAUAUAACUUUCACAACGCAGAGGGACCGAACAUGCCGGUCUCAUUGUUUGCG